CCAUGUAGGAACAAAAAGAAAAGUCUGCCCUUGAGAAAAAGCUGGAGGCAGAUCUUCAGAAACAUGCUAAAGAAAAUGAAAAGAAGCUAGGAGAACUUGAGCGUGACAAGAAGGCCAAGACCAAAGAGAUGGAGAACUGGCAAGGUGAGGUCAAGCAGAUGGAAGAGAAGCUGGACAGGAGAAAGAAGGACCUUCAGCAGACAAGCAAAGAUCUGGAUAAGGAGGAGGAAGAGUUACAGACAAUGAGACGUGAACUUAAUCAGAAAAGGAAGUCUCUUGGAAAGGAUGUCAACACUAAUGAGUCAUCUGAGCUGGCCUCACAGGAGAGAGAAGACAUACACAGAUUACUCAGGAAGGAGCAGAAGGAGCUCGAGAAGACUGAGAAGGCCAGGAAAGAGCUGGAGAGGGAGAUCCAGAGACUGAAGCAGAGCAGGGAUCACCAUGAAGGACAGCUCAAGGACUUGAAAAAGAAGAUAAAGGAAAGUGGUUCUGAAUACCAGAGAUUACGAGCCAGUAUUGGUGAGAUGAAGGAUGGAAAUUCAGCAGGGGAGCCCAGAACAAAUGGAGUCCAUCCUGAACCAACAGAGGAGCCUGCUGAUGACACACCUGCACCUCGACAGGACAGAGCGUCUCUGAGGAGUCUGCUGGAUGGCUGGUCAUCUGAUGACCAAAGGGGAGACAAGGAGGAUGACAGGGCAUACAGAAGUACAAGAAGAAGGAGAAAAGAGAGUGAACAUAGUAGAGCUGACAGUGACAUUGAUGGCGAGUCCUUCACUGCAUACAGAAACCCCAGACAGGACUGGAUCCGAGACUUACAUGACUCUGCCAUGCUGGACAACCUUGGUGACAACAGCAGCAUGCACCAGUGGGACAGGAACUUACGAGCACUCAACAGGGAAGCAGACUCCAUCCAGGCAGCUAAGGAGUUUCUGCAGAAACAGAAGUCUUCACUCCAGAGGCAGCAGGCAGGCCUGAAGGUGGCCAAGCAAGAGUGGCGUAGGGACAUGGUCAACCAGAUAGGAGCAGCAUCACCAGCAACAUCCAUGUUGCUACAGGUUAGAUGCCUGCUCUUUCGUAAGGUUUAG